AUGAAUAAAAAGUCAUUAAAUCAAACCCAAAUAGGGUACGAACGAACACCUGAAUUCAAAAUUCCAAACAACACCUUGCCUAUGUAUUCAACUUCGCUUCACUCAUCGAAUUCAGGUAAAUGCAGUGAACUCUGCCAGUACGACACACCAAACAUAUCACUUAAUUUGGCUACUUUAUCGCUAGAAGAUUAUGACAAAACUGCAAUAACUGAUAUCUCGACAAUAAGAAAUCGAUAUUCUCGAAAAAGCUUACUUUGCGAAUUACCUGUCUCCGAUUGUUCACAAAGAAGGAAUUCGUAUGUAGAAUGUUGUCACAAUGAUUUUAUUAGUGAUGAUCAUUGGCGGAUUGUACGCUAUUAUUUUGUUGAAUCUAAACGUUUACAAAUGAAUAAAAAAGCUUAUUUAGAUGGUGGAAUGAAUCAUUCCACCAGCAUAUAUCGUAUUUAUAUUGAUGAAAACGGUAAUAAAUAUUCCUUAUUUUAA